CGUCCUCUUCAUUUUCAGCAUCUUCAUUUUCAGCAUUCCUUUUCGUUUGUCUGUUUCAAUCAAAAGAUUGAGCUUCAACUUUUCCUCCAAAUUCUAUCGUUCAAAUACGCCAUUUUUUUGCUUCGAUGAGUUUCCGUGACGAUACUGAAGAUGGCCGCGAUCUCAAGAAGCCGUUUCUACAUACCGGAAGUUGGUAUCGGAUGAGGCAGUCCAGUAUUAUGAGCUCCUCCGCUCAAGUCAUUCGCGAUGGAUCAAUCUCCGUCGUCCUCUGUGUUCUCAUCGUCGCCUUGGGCCCUAUACAAUUUGGCUUCACCUGUGGAUUUUCUUCACCUACGCAAGAUCAAAUCGUUGAAGAUCUCAAGCUUUCGGUUUCAGAGUAUUCUAUUUUUGGUUCGUUAUCAAAUGUGGGCGCAAUGGUUGGUGCGAUUGCCAGCGGUCAAAUUGCUGAAUACAUUGGCCGAAAAGGGUCGUUACUGAUUGCAGCGAUUCCAAACAUAAUAGGAUGGCUGGCCAUAUCUUUUGCCAAUCAUUCCUCAUUUUUAUUCAUGGGAAGGUUGUUAGAAGGUUUCGGUGUCGGCAUUAUUUCUUACACGGUACCUGUAUAUAUAGCAGAGAUAGCACCCCAAAACAUGAGAGGAAGCCUUGGAUCAGUAAACCAGCUAUCAGUCACUAUUGGAAUAAUGCUGGCUUAUCUGUUGGGAUUGUUUACAAAUUGGAGAGUGCUUGCAGUUUUAGGAAUAUUACCAUGUCUAAUAUUGAUACCUGGGCUGUUCUUCAUACCCGAAUCUCCUCGAUGGCUGGCACAAAUGGGAAUGACGGAAGAAUUUGAAGCCUCUUUGCAAGUUUUGCGUGGUUUUGAUACGGAUAUCUCUGUUGAAGUUAAUGAUAUCAAGAGAGCCGUAGCAUCAUCAAGGAAGACAACAACAAUUCGAUUUGCAGAUCUUAGGCGAAGAAGAUAUUGGUAUCCUUUGACGGUAGGGAUUGGAUUAUUGGUGCUUCAGCAACUCAGUGGCAUCAAUGCUGUUUUAUUCUAUUCCAGUAAUAUCUUCGAAAGAGCUGGGGUUAAAUCUAGCAAUGUGGCCACGUUUGGGCUUGGUCUUAUUCAGGUCAUUGCAUCUGGUGUGACGACGUGGUUGGUAGACAAAGCCGGUCGCAGGGUGCUCCUUAUGAUAUCUUCGUCUGGAAUGACUUUAAGUUUGCUCCUUGUUGCCACGGCAUUUUACGUUGAGGGAUACAUCUUAGAAGAUUCUGUCAUACACAGCGCAAUGGGAAUAAUGUCAUUGGUGGGCCUUGUGACUUUUGCAAUUUCCUUCUGUUUGGGUGUAGGAGCAAUUCCAUGGGUUAUAAUGUCCGAGAUACUUCCAGUAAAUAUUAAGGGUCUAGCCGGCAGUGUAGCGACGUUGUUCAACUGGAUGACGGCUUGGGCAGUUACCAUGACUGCAAACUUGCUUCUCUCUUGGAGUGGUGGAGGGACAUUCACAAUUUAUGCUGGUUUGGCUGCUUUCACCAUUAUAUUUGUGGCACGUUGCGUUCCGGAAACAAAAGGAAGAAGCCUAGAGGAAAUUCAAUCCUCCUUCAGAUAGAAAAUAGCAUAUUUGUACAUCCAAUCUUUUGACUUUUUUUAUAUUAUGCAUUUAUCUCCCUCAAUCUCUCCCUAAACUUGUUUCCAACACAUGUAAUGAAUAUAUGGAUAAAGAUGCACUUUAUUAUUAUUAAAA